AGGAGUCGGGCGCGCCCGCCACGCACAGCCACAGAGCUAGCGCGGGAGGCAGGCGCGGCGCGCGGUCUCAGGUGGCGGUAGCGGCGGUGACAGCAGCGGCGGUGACAGCAGCAGCGGCGACAGCGGCGGUUGCAGCAGCCAGCGCACACCCUCUCCCCAGCGCGGCCGCAUCCCUCCUCCACUGCGCCGCGGAGCCUCCCGCGGUCCCCGGGUACCCCGGCCCCCGCGCGCGCGCGCGCGCGCGGCCGAACCCCACGCACAAUAGCGGCCGCCUCUGCUGUGGUUCCGAGCUCCGACGUCAGCCAUGGGGAAGCCGGCGAGGAAGGGAUGCGACUGGAAGAGAUUCCUGAGGAAUAACUGGCUGCUGCUCUCCACCGUUGCCGCGGUGGUGUUAGGGAUUGCCACAGGAGUCUUGGUUCGAGAAUACAGCAAGCUCUCUAACCUGGAGAAAUUCUACUUUUCAUUUCCUGGAGAGAUUCUAAUGAGAAUGCUGAAACUCGUCAUUUUACCAUUAAUUAUAUCCAGCAUGAUUACAGGUGUUGCUGCACUGGAUUCCAACAUAUCUGGAAAAAUUGGUCUGCGUGCUGUCGUGUAUUACUUCUGUACCACUGUCAUUGCUGUAAUUCUAGGUAUUGUGCUGGUGGUGAGCAUCAAGCCUGGUGUCACCCAGAAAGUAGGCGAAAUUGACCGGACAGGCAGCACCCCUGAAGUCAGUACAGUGGAUGCCAUGUUAGACCUGAUCAGAAAUAUGUUCCCUGAGAACCUUGUCCAAGCCUGUUUUCAGCAGUACAAAACCACACGUGAGGAAGUGCCUCGUCCCAGUGAGCCAGGGACAAAUGAGACGGAAGCGUCCGUCACAGCCUUCGUGACCAGUGCUGUUCCCAAGAACGAAACAAAGGACUACAAAGUCGUAGGCAUGUAUUCAGAUGGCAUAAAUGUUCUGGGCUUGAUUGUCUUUUGCCUCGUCUUUGGACUUGUCAUUGGAAAAAUGGGAGAAAGGGGACAGAUUCUGGUGGAUUUCUUCAAUGCACUGAGUGAUGCAACCAUGAAAAUCGUUCAAAUCAUUAUGUGUUACAUGCCAGUCGGUAUUUUGUUCCUGAUUGCCGGCAAGAUCAUAGAAGUUGAAGACUGGGAAAUAUUCCGCAAGCUGGGCCUUUACAUGGCCACCGUCAUCAGUGGGCUUGCAAUCCACUCCAUUGUAAUUCUCCCACUGAUAUAUUUUAUAAUCGUACGAAAGAACCCUUUCCAAUUUGCCAUGGGAAUGGCCCAGGCACUCCUGACAGCUCUCAUGAUCUCCUCCAGUUCAGCAACACUGCCUGUCACUUUCCGCUGUGCUGAAGAGAGGAACCGGGUGGACAAGAGGAUCACUCGAUUUGUGUUACCUGUUGGUGCUACAAUCAACAUGGAUGGGACCGCACUCUACGAAGCAGUGGCAGCUGUGUUCAUUGCACAGCUGAAUGACUUGGACAUGGGCAUUGGGCAGAUCAUCACUAUCAGUGUCACGGCCACAGCCGCCAGCAUCGGAGCAGCUGGUGUGCCCCAGGCUGGCCUGGUGACCAUGGUGAUUGUGCUGAGUGCCGUGGGCCUGCCUGCUGAGGAUGUCACCCUGAUCAUCGCUGUCGACUGGCUCCUGGACCGGUUCAGGACCAUGGUGAACGUCCUUGGUGAUGCGUUCGGGACCGGGAUCGUGGAGAAGCUCUCUAAGAAGGAGCUGGAGCAGAUGGACGUUUCAUCUGAAGUCAACAUCGUGAACCCCUUUGCCUUGGAAUCCGCAACACUCGACAAUGAAGAUUCAGACACCAAGAAGUCCUACAUCAACGGAGGCUUUGCCGUUGACAAGUCCGACACUAUCUCGUUCACUCAGACCUCACAGUUCUAGGGCUCCUGGCUUCAGAAGACUGGAAAUGGUGAAGGACAGCUCCAGGAGAGCCAUCUCUUUGCAAAGUCAAACAUUAAAUAAGGAAAAGAAAAACACUAAUGGCCAAUUGUACAUUUGAUUUGAUAGACAGACUUCCGGAUUAUUUUCUAUAUUGGAUUCACAGCUUUUGCUCUCUGGGUUCUGGGAUUUGGGGGUGGGGUAAGAGGAGAGGAAAUUGAUUAAAAGGAAAGCUGUAUUAUCUGGAAUUUUUAAAUUCUAUAAGAGGCAGAGGUUGGAAAUAUUUAAAUUUGUAACUGUUGGAAUUAGGUAAUAGAUAUCGAAGAGAAACUGCUUUCUCAUGCACAGACCAAUGUUUUGGGUUUUUAAAAAAUAUUCUGUCACUGACUACAAAUUUCUACUCAGGCUUUCUUUUGGCAUGGAUUUCCUUUGACCUUCACAUUUUUAUAAAGAUUAUAAUGCAUAUAAACAACUCCCCUCACCUUGCCCAGUUAACGUGCCAAAUUAACCAUUUUGAACUCAUGUCCAGCCAGGUUCAAAGAAACUAUUUUGAAAGAAACAGACCAGCACAGUUCUGCACUAACAGUUUUAAGAUGGGUGUGGGAGAAGGGUUCUUUUUUUUCCAAUGUACUGUAUUGGGACACUGGUGACCGUUAGCCCAGUGUUCAGUAUAGAGCUAGGUAUACAUAUAUGUAUAUAUUUAUUAUUUUCAUAUAACUUGACAGAGAUCAUAACUGAACCGUCAAUGUGAAAUAAAGAGCUCUCCUUGUACUUGAAUAAUAACUGCGAUUUCAGUCCAAAUCUGCUUUGGGGCUUAUCAGAACUCCCCUGUUAGGAGCACCAGAUGAGAAAUCAUGUCGUUUGAUCGUUUCACAUCCGUGUAUUAGCCCCAAGGCAGAGAUGUAUUCUGUUGAUACUCUGAGGUGGCAUAGCCAUUCUUUUCUAACCUUCAGAUUCUACUGCUGGGAGAAAAUCCGUAUCAGCUCUGUGUAAGAUUAUAUAGAAGGGUGUCACUCACAUAAGGCUGACUGUUUUUAUCCAACUGGAAGGCUUCAUUCUUCCAAGGUCAAUUAUACCCACUGAAAAUUGACAGUACUUUGCCCUUUUGUACCCAUCAGGGCCCAAACAACAGUGGCGAGCUACCAGCUAAAUUGUAUUUUAGUAUGGGUUUGAUGGGUUAAACAUGCCACACUGUCCCUACCCUGGAUUCUUGCAGAGUAAAUCCUAUGACAUGAGACAUUGGUAUCAAUGGUUCAGGGAAAUUCUUCCAUUAUAUGAAACUUACCUCUUCCUCCAGGGAGGGUUGUUCUAACUAACUAGUAGUCUAGUAAUCUUGGCCCCUGCUCAUUAAAAUCCAUUGCCUGUCAUUCUCCUGCUCAUUUGUGAAGAUAGCAUAUUAAAGUCUGUGCUUUGGCUCACAUCUUGUAAAUAAUGCUUAACAUAAACUUGUAUAUAUACCAAGAUCCAAAAUAGUCCUAUUUCUGCAGCAUUGACUAGCCAAUUUAAGCCUGUGCUUUUAUAUUUAAGAAACCAGAAACUGUGCCAAAGAUCACAGAAUAGUAAAUAAAUGCUCAGUAUUGAUGACAACUUGCACCUGAAAUCUACAAGAGAAUUGAUACCAAAUGGUCAUGUAAACAUAAAAUUCUGACCAGUGAUUCAAUGUGAAUUUUAAAAUGAAAAUACUGGUGGUGUUUAUAGGAAGUAAUUCUAAAUAUAAAUACUGUUGAAUCAGUGAUUUAUCGUGGGCUGAAUGGUUCUACCCCCUUGGCAGGCUGCUCCGAUUUGAGGCACUGGAGUUGGCAGAGCUGUUCGUGAACUGCAGGUCAUCCUCAUUUUGAAGUGAGUUUGUAACCAGCCUCUUAAUACACUGUGCUGUUAACUCAUAAACGAGAACAAUGUUCCAUUCUGAAUAAACAUUUCCGUCAUUCUUUCUUCCCCUC